GGAACGCGGCGCCACCGAAUCUUGGUUCCGGCCCCUGUCUUGCAGUUUCCACCUCGCGGAGAUCUGGGCGACUUCUCUGCCUCUGCUUUCCUUGGGGAGUGUAAGUCCGAGCCUGGACCUCCGCCGCAGCCGAUGGACCGCGAGACGCGCGCCUUUGCCGAGCAGCACUUUCGGGACCUCGGGGGCCAGCUCUAUGGCGGCGGCGGGCAGGCGCCGAGCGGAGUGGCCUUCAUCAAGGAACCCGCCACCUUCUCCUACGCCGACUUCGUGAAGGCAUUCCUCCUGCCCAACCGGCCCUGCGUGUUCUCCAGCGCCUUCACCGAGAACUGGGGCAGCCGGCGGCGCUGGGUGACGCCCGAGGGGAAGCCCGACUUCGAGUAUUUGCUGCAGAAGUACGGAGAUGUGGUUGUACCAGUUGCCAACUGUGGGGUCCAGGAGUACAACUCGAACCCCAAAGAGCACAUGCCCCUCCGCGAGUAUAUCAGCUACUGGCUGGAGUAUGUCCAGAGGGGCUGCUCCUCACCCCGGGGCUGCCUCUAUCUCAAGGACUGGCACGUGUGCAGGGACUCAUCUGCAGAGGACUUGGGGGACGUGUUCACCUUGCCUGUGUACUUCUCCUCUGACUGGCUGAAUGAGUUCUGGGAUGCCCUGGAUGUGGAUGACUACCGCUUCGUCUAUGCAGGGCCCCCGGGCACCUGGUCACCCUUCCAUGCUGACAUCUUCCGCUCCUUCAGCUGGUCCGCCAACAUCUGCGGGAGGAAGAAGUGGUUAUUCUUUCCACCGGGGCAGGAGGAGGCGCUGCGAGACUGCCAUGGUAGCCUGCCCUAUGAUGUGACUUCCCCCAAACUCUUGGACACACGCCUGCACCCUAUGCUCCAGCACAGCAGCCCACCUCUCGAAGUCACACAGGAGGCUGGCGAAGUGGUUUUUGUGCCCAGUGGGUGGCACCACCAAGUGCACAAUCUGGAUGACACCAUUUCCAUCAACCACAAUUGGGUCAAUGGCUGCAACCUGGCCAACAUGUGGCACUUCCUGCAGCAGGAGCUCCGGGCUGUACAGCAGGAGGUCCAUGAAUGGAGGGACUCCAUGCCUGACUGGCAUCACCACUGCCAGGUCAUCAUGAGAUCCUGCUCAGGGAUCAAUUUUGAAGAAUUUUACCACUUCCUCAAGGUCAUCGCUGAGAGGAGACUUCUUGUCCUAGGGCAGGGGUCGGAAGCAGCUCAAGAGGAAAACAUAGGCCUAGGGCUGGGCUUCCAGCAGGCUGCAUUUGAUGUUGGCCGUCUUGCAGAGGUGCUGGCCUCUGUGGUCAUACACCCUGACUUCCAGAGAGUGGACACCAGCACAUUUUCCCCAGGGCCUGAGGAGCUGCUGUGUCAGCUACAGGAUGCUGUGGCUGCUACUACCACCCUGUAGUUCCUGUGGGAGUUCACACGGGGGCACCAGCACAGGGUAGCCUUCUCCUCCAGGACUUUCUUGGAAUACAAGCCAUCCUCAUCUUUAUGGCCUGGGGUGUGAUCUUGCUGAGCAGAAGCAACCUCCUGGAAGGUCUGAUGUGGCCAUCUCCCCAAGGUCUUGACUAUGGGUCUGGGGAGGCCCAGCCACAAUGAGAGCACAAUACUCUGAGAUAGGCUGGGGGGUAUCCCUCCAACUUGCCUGUAGCAAAGUCUGCCAGGAACUUGGAUGGUGGCCAUGUGAGCAGGUUUCCGUGGAUCUCCCAGCACCUCCUAGUGAAGCCUGGGCUGCUAAGUGAUGAGUGUCCCAUCUGUCUGCCUUAGGGUCUCCCCUUUCUGACCUGGCCCAUCCCAUCCCCUGAUUCCUGGGACACAUGCAGUAAGCCUCCCUCCAUUCCAGCCUUACCCUCUGGCUGUGCUUCAGGGGCUCCUAUCUCCAGCGAGGCCAGGAGUUGGGCACUGAGUGACAGGUUGAAGCCAGCUUCUUGAGCUGGUCAUCAUUCACCAUGUCCAGAGGCAAAGGGUUAGGUGGCUGAGAAACCAGGCACUGGCCCAGCCAAGUGCCCAGAGUGGAGGAUGUGAUGCAGGAGGAGGGCUUUCCUUUUCCAUAGCACCUCUGAGAGGCCUGGGCUGUGGUGCCUGCCCAGUCCCGCCCACAGACUGCCCUGGUAGGGUUGGGCUGCAAACAGAGCAGGAGCUGAGGGAACACCUCUCCAUGGCUCCCUCUGGUAGUCCAGGAGCCUGACACAGUCCUCUGUUCCUGGGCCCUGGCGGGGUGGUGCUGGCUCUGUUUAUCAUAUUCACUGCAAAUGGUAGGUGCUUUCUGUGCAUGGAGAAGGGGAACAGGCAAGCCACCCGACCUGGCCCACAUGGCCCUCCAAUACCCUGUGUCUGGCCACCUGUUGUCCACUCUGUGAUCUCUUUCCUGGUGCUUUUCUUGGGAGUGCUGGGCAUACCUGAGGGCAGAGGAGUGAGAUCAGUGUGACCCAGUUGCUCUCUCUGGGCCUUGGCCUUGGCCCAGACAUGUGUGUACAUAGGGCUGGAAUGGAAUGGACUCACAGGGCCCCCCCAGAGCCCCAACUCACUCCACAGGGCACCUGGGACCCCCAGCUCUGCUAAGCCUCAGCCCCUCCCUUGUGACACAGCCUCUCACAAUCUCAGGUGUUCCCAUCAGAACUGGGAAGGAUGUGUCUGCCCAAGAGGGCAGCAGAACACAUCUUAGACACUACCUGCUGUGAUGUCCAGUGGGAUUGGAAUAGCCUCAUCUAGAAUGGAAGCCCAGGAGAGCAGGGACUUGUUUUGUCCAAUAAAUUAUCACAUAGUAA